AACCAUCAUUUGGGUUUUCUCUAAUGUUAAAAGAAAGUAAAGGGUAUAUUUAUUUUUAAAUUUUAACAUUGAUCGACUUUUAUUUGCGUCCAACGAAAGAGAAGAAGAUAAUGGUGGUGGUCCACUGCCACGCAUCAUCACCGUACCUCCGAGAUCCCCAACAUACGGCCCUCCAUUACCUUCUCCGGAGAGCUCCCCCGUCACCUCCCAUCAUCUAUGCAACAUCUCCUCAACCCUUAUCUUCUUCUUCGCCUUCUGCAGCAAGUACAAGGAGAACGCUAUUAGUGUCCAUAGCAACCACCAGUUUUUCUUCACUAAUCUUGUCACCUCCUUCAAAAUCCGCCACUAACACCGAGUUUUUCGACCUCCCUAACUCCGGUGGUGUCAAGGCCUUGGACCUCCGAGCUGGCACUGGCGCAACCCCCGUCGAUGGAGACCAGGUUGCAAUACAUUAUUAUGGAAGGCUGGCAGCAAAGCAAGGGUGGCGGUUUGAUUCCACUUAUGAUCAUAAAGAUAGCACUGGAGAACCAAUUCCCUUUGUCUUCACCCUUGGCUCCGGCAAAGUAAUUUCUGGGAUCGAAUCGGCUGUUAGAUCAAUGCAAGUUGGUGGAACUCGUCGAGUUAUCAUUCCUCCCUCCCAAGGAUAUCAGAACACUUCGCAGGAGCCUAUUCCCCCUAAUUUCUUUGACAGACAGAGGCUGUUUACCACCAUUUUCAACCCGACCCGUCUUGGCAAUGGAGAAGGCUCAACAUUGGGUACUCUAAUAUUUGAUAUUGAGUUGAUCAGCAUAAGGCAUUAGCAAACUCAACUUCCAUCUCAUAAAACUCUGUUUUAUUGCAAACAUCCAAGCAUGGAGAUGGUUUUCAUUUCCUCUGCUUCUAGAACUAUUGUUCCACUCAUUGUUAAUCCGAAAUGAGAAGAAUUUUCUGAA